AUGGGACCGAAAGAGAAAGAGAAAGAGAGAGAACGUCUCGUUCCAUCAGUAGAAAUAGGAAUGCUUGAAAAUGGACGCUCGACACCGUCAUCUCCAUCGGAAUCAUCUUCGAUCGCAUUAUCUUUGCAUGCCUCUGGCAAAGAGGCAGUUUUCAAAGGAUUUCGUAGCUGGGCUUCCAAUAAAUUUAUGAGUGGGUGUGUCAUUUUACUUCCUUUGGCAAUCACAUUCUACACCACAUGGUGGUUCAUUCGAUUUGUUGAUGGUUUCUUCUCACCAAUACUUACUCACCUCGGUAUCCAUGUAUUCGGUCUAGGUUUUAUGACUUCCAUCACGUUCAUCUUCUUUACUGGUGUGUUCAUGUCUUCUUGGUUGGGAGCUUCAGUUUUGGGUCUUGGAGAAUGGUUCAUUAAGAAGAUGCCAUUGGUGAGCUACAUUUAUUCUGCUUCAAAGCAAAUUAGUGCAGCAAUAUCACCAGAUCAAGGUUCUCAUGCCUUCAAGGAAGUGGCCAUCAUAAGGCACCCGCGUAUUGGGGAGUAUGCUCUCGGUUUCAUCACAUCUACAGUUAUCCUUCACAAUAGCUCGGGUGUUGAGGAACUCAGUUGUGUUUAUGUGCCAACAAACCAUCUCUAUCUUGGGGACAUCCUCCUCGUUAAUUCUGAUGAUGUCUUGAGACCUGACCUAUCUGUUCGAGAAGGGAUUGAGAUCGUGAUAUCGGGAGGUCUGUCAAUACCACAAGUAUUGAGGACAAUAGAUGCAAAAACAGUUAUUGCGCCUAGAGUUGGGAAAUUUGCAGCUCCACUCAUUUAAUAGAUCUGCAGACUUAGAAAGGCAUGAAGUUUAUAGUUGCAUAAAGUAAUGGAGAAAUAGCAGCACACGCACACACACGGCCUGCUACAGCAUCGGUUAGGUAAUGGAACAUGCUCACAAAGCAUGAGAAAAUCUUGAGUAGUGGUUGGCUGGAUAUCACACUUCAUUCAACCUGUUCAUUUUCUGUUAAUU